AUGUCUAUCAUACAAUUGCAUCCACACCUCCUGUUCACGAUCCUCGAAUCUCUAGACUUCCAAGAAGAUCUUUCGUCCGCGAUGCUCGCAUGCAGCCACCUCUACAAAGUCGGUGUCAAAUGCAUGCUCACCCAUCCUGUCACGAUCAGCUCCGGGUGGCAGCUUGUAUCGUUCUGCCAGUUCAUGCUCUCCGACUUCUCCCCACGCCUCCCCCUUUUCCAUACUUUGCGCCUCCGCCUCCUUCCCUGUGAGGCCGUCCUCAACGCCUUGACUUCUGCCGACACCAUCAACCCGAUGGCGGACCUUAUGGACUCCAUGAGCAUCGACGACGAGCCCGCUGGCUCCAAUCCGCGCACCGACCUCGGUGGAUCCGUGGAUACGGAAGACCCUCAGGAAAAGCACGGCAUUUCGAUGUUGGUACACGUCUUGGAGCGGGCGGUGGGAUUACAAGAUCUCGACAUCGACGAGCUCGAGCCAUUGCUCUUCGUCGAGCCGGCGCUCAUCCAGGCCAUCGCCUCCCUUCCCAGCCUCACUUGCCUCACGACAACGUGCUACGGGCGUCGCUCACACGAACUCUGCAGCAAGAUUCGCUCCCAGGAGCUCCGCGCCAUUGACAUCAAUUUCUGGCACGAGAGCACGGGCCCUACGGACGACAGCAACAUUCCAUACGACGCUCUGGUCGCGUUGCUGUCCACGUAUCCAGACCUCCAAGAUGUCACGGCAAAAUGCGUAACCUUCCCAAUGCCUAUCGCCCCGCACUCUUCCAGAUCCGGCGCCGCGGGUUCAAGCUCGCGCAAUCUCCCGUUCCUCCGCUGGGUCCACACGCUCUCCCUCCAAGGCAUCACCGGUUUACCCUUAAUCCCCGAGCUGUUCAGCGUCUUCCCCAAUGUCCGCAACCUCACGUUCUCAUGCAACAUCCCCUCGAGCACCACUCACGACCGCCUCCAACAACUUCGCGCCCUGAACCAGGGAACCGCCCGAUGGGCCAGCCUCGACGAGCUCGCCGGCGACCUCCCCUCGCUAUACGUGCUCAACCUCCACGACUGUCGCGCGGCGCGCCUCGACAUCGACAGCCCCUUCUUCACCGGCCGGGACACCAUCGACCGCGCGUCCCUUGCACACCAGUACGGCUCCGUGCUCGCCGACACGCGCCCGACGAGCGUGCGCCUGCGAUGGACCCAUGACCGCGAGAUCCCCUUCGGAGACCCGUGGUGGUCAUUCAAGGACAUCUGCCACGCCACGCACGCGCUCGGGCCGUUCGCGCGCGGGGUGCGGCACCUCGUGCUCGACAUGGACGUCUGCCUGGCGUUCCGCACGCUCGAGAUCCCCAGCGUCGCGAGCUUCCCGGACCUGUGGACGCUCGUCGUGCGCGUGCGGACGCUGGCGAACACCCGGAUCGACGUCGGCCCAGACGCGUGCACGGACGGGCACGGGCACGUCCUCGUGUUGUCCAAUCGCCCGGGCAUGCCGCGCACCACCUUCGGCUCGGUCGUCCGCCGGGUGCUGCAGAGCCACCAGACGUUGCGCCAUGUCGCGCUGGCGCUGCCUUCCCACAGCGGGAUGAGGCACUGGUGGAAGUCUACGGAGCCGAAGGUUUUGGUACAGAUGAUUCCUGAGGCGUUGGGAAGGGAUAUGCUGGACGAGGACGGGUUUGGCGAUGUGGACGCUUUCCAAUGA